AUGCAGUUCUUUACCAUCGUCUUGAGCCUUGUUGGCCUUUUGACCUUGGCUCUUGGAGCUGCUGUUCAGAAUGACCUUCCGUACCCGCUUGUACCCUUCGAGUACACCGGCGCUCUUGGUGGCCAUGAGGUUCAGCUUAACGGCACUGUCCAGGAUAUCUUUGCUCAGAUGAAGGAGCUUCACCCUGACUUCGACGUCGAUACACUGCCUGAUUCAUCCGUCGGAAACAACGCCAAUGAUAUUGCUUUGGAUUCUCGUGAUGUUGCCAGCAAGCACCAUUAUUUCUGCUGGCCAGUUAAAGGACAGACUUGGGAGCGGGCAAAUACUAACGUGAUCGCUGAUGGCAUCAACUAUCUCAGAAAGAUGAAUAUCUGCAACGUCGGUGGUCAGUCAUGUGUUCGCAUCAGCUGCUCGUACCGCGGAGCAAUCUUUCUCUGCAAUGAUAACCCUGACACCAUUUACCCACGUUGCCCAUACAUUGCAAGCUACGCCUCGGACAUUAGCAAGAACUGUCUGACUUCUGGGCCUUUCAACGCACGACAAACCUGCGGACAGGAGUUCGAUACUGACGGCUAUAAUGUUAUCGUUAGGGCUGCUGACUGUUAA